AAGUGACCUAUUAAAAUGAAUGAAGUAGGUGGAGUAAAUGGCUAUGCAGUCAUUAGAUGCUACUCUGAAUACAAGCCUGAUACGGAGCCUUUACUGUAUGAAGCAGUGUCAUCUUUUGUAUUCAGUGGUUAUAGAACUGCAGUCAAGCUUCAUCAGAUCAUGGCCGAGUUUAAGAAAAUCCUGUAUGCACUAGGGGAUGUUCGCCGGCCACUAUAUGAAACUGCAGUAUUGGUAGAUGACAUAGUGCACACUCAGGUGAUUAAUAUGUUGCAGCAAGCAGCUGAGGUUUCCCAGCUAAGAGGAGCACGUGUCAUCUCAGCCGAAGAUCUUAUGUUUCUUCUUUUAAAAGACAAGAGAAAACUCAGAAGACUGCUAAAAUACAUGAAUUUCAAAGAUUUGAAAUCUAAAGUCAUGAAAGGAAUUGAGGAGGAGGAUACUACAGAAGAAAAAUUCAGCAGUAAUAUUAGUAAACGACAGAAGCUUGCACAAGACUUCCUCAGCUCCAUUGACCAAACUGGUGAGUUCCUUUCCCUGCUUGUAGAGGAGGAGGUUGAUGAAGUCAAGCAAGAGAGAUUGGAGCGAGCAGAACGACAGACUCGAAUGAUGGACUCUGCUCAGUAUGCCGAGUAUUGUGAAAGCCGACAGCAGAGUUUCUACAAGAAAGCUUCUAAAUUCCGGGACUGGUUGGAUUGUAGCAGCAUGGAGAUAAAGCCAAAUGCUGCUGCUAUGGAGAUUCUAGCUUAUCUGGCAUAUGAAACAGUGGCACAGUUAGUCGAUCUGGCCCUCUUAGUCAAACAAGACAUGGCAGCCAAAGCUGGUGAUCCUUUCAGUCAAGCCAUAUCAGCAUCCGUCAUACAAUAUCAGAAUACUCUGGAGCCACAUCUUCAGGGACAUUCUGCUACUGUGAAGAUGAAUCCUGAGUCUCCUGAAAAUACUCCUCCAUCAACACCAAACACUCCAGCAUCAGGAUCCCAGCACCAGAGCAAAACAUCUCAUUCUGGAUCCAUUGGUAAUGGUGGUGUGGGUCAAGAUUCUAGCAGCAAGACCAAACAAAGAAAAAGAAAGAAGAGUGCUGCAGCCUAUGGUAUAGAGGUUCAAAGUGAUGCCAUCCAGCCGAGCCACAUCAGAGAGGCCAUCCGACGCUAUAGCCACAAGAUUGGCCCGCUUUCCCCAUUCACAUGUAUGUAUGAAGACAUUCAUCAGAUGAUUAUGAACACUGGAUUGUGCAGAGUGCCUACCGCAGAAAUGGGAUGACUUUUCUGGCCUGCUAAGAUGAAUGUGGCUGAAGGAACAGGAAAAGCAGUGGCUAUAUUAAGGAUACUUUCUCCUCCUCGGUAGGAAAAUAACUGUCUGUCUGCAUAAAUCCAAGUGGGCUGGUUUGCUAUGAUUGUCAAGUGACUGUCAUCCUCCUGAGUCUCAGCCCCCUCACUGUUUUUCCUUGUUUACCAGCUGGGAUGCAGCACUAAUUAUCAGCAGGAUAUUCCGGACACUGUGUAGGUGGACAGGAAUGUGGCUCACAGACUUCAGAAGAAUUGCAGUGACUAUAACGAUUGCCAGCUUACAUACGUAAUCAGCCAGACUGUGUUAUAGAGGCAGAAUCUCCUUCACUGCAACAUUUUAAAGUCACUGUUGAUCUGCAAGGGUGGGGUGUGGAAAACAAGAAUGGUAUUUCUGUAACCCUAAUUGAAAUGGUUGAUGGUUAAUGUGUACACCAUAUGCUGUCACUUGGGAAAUUCAAUUAAAUGGAGUAAACCAAAAUGGCACCAUUCAGCUUCUGUAUACUUAUUCUGUGCCAAGAUAGUCUGAAGUAUUUUAACUCUGACAGUACAUCAAAUUAAGCAGAAGUUUUUGAUUUUCUAAAUGUGAGUAGAGGCAAAAUUAAUUUAACUUUACAGCCCUUUUUUUAUUUUCUUGCAGUUUUAUUUUCAACAUGUUUAUAUAUAGUUUUAGUCUACAAAUAUGCCAAAUUAGUUUAAUGUGGAUAUCUUAUCUUACUAGUGAGAAGGUUCUUUAAUGUUGCAGUUGCUUUUAAUUGUUCUACCCCAGCCUUAAAGUGCCACAAUAAAUAAUCCUUGUACCACACUUGCAGUUCCAUACUUAUCAUCUUAUGUCUUUAUUUUAUUAGUAGCUUCAUUUGCUUUAUUGUACUGUUUAGCAGGUUGUUGAAUAAACUGAAGAUGAAUUGCUCCAUUUUAACUUUA